AUGGCUUCUGAACCUGUCAGUCCAGUCGUGGAGAAGCUUCUCCAAAUUUUUACUCUUGAAGAGAAGGUAUCUUUAGUUGCCGGCCAAAAUAUGUGGCAGACUGCAGGGAUUGAACGAUUGGGUAUUCAACCUCUUCAAACAACCGAUGGCCCUGCAGGUGCUCGCGGCACGAAGUGGAACUACGGUUCCCUUACUACUUUUAUUCCUUCUGCCAUAUCACUUGCUGCUACUUUCGAUCCGUCGAUAGUCGAGAAAGUUGGCAAUGUCCUCGGCGAGGAGACAAGACGCAAGGGCUGCCAUGUCCUUCUGGCCCCAACAAUGAAUUUCUCCCGCUCACCACUCGGUGGCCGGAACUUUGAAAGCUACGGAGAGGAUCCUUUCCUCAUUGGCACGAUUUCCAAUGCAAUAAUCCGCGGUAUCCAGAAUGAAGGUGUCGGUGCCUGCAUGAAGCACUUCAUUCUCAACGAUACUGAGACCCGGCGUUUCAACGUCGAUCAGACUAUCGAUGAACGUACCCUGCGGGAGGUGUACAUGAAGCCAUUCACUAUGGUUCUUGAAGCCGCUCCGUGGACAGCAAUGGUCAGCUAUCCAAAGGUCAAUGGUAUCCACGCCGACAUGAGCUCUUUCGUCCUUCAGAAACUCCUGCGUGAAGAAAUGCAGUUUGAUAGACUUGUCAUGAGUGACUGGGGAGGCUGCAACAGCACUGCGGAGAGUCUUAUUGCCGGGACAGAUCUCGAAAUGCCAGGUCCACCCAUUCGUCGGGGGGAACUUUUGCUCUCUGCUAUGCGAGAUGGACAGGUGGAUGAAACGAAGCAUUUAGACACCAGCGUACGACGUACUUUGCAGUUGCUCGAACGAGCUGCUCUACUUCCUUCUCUGGAACGGUUAAAUGGAGAGCUCGAACCUCCAGAACAGGAAAAACGAGCACAUGAACAACCAUCUGAUAAUAAGGCAUUUCACAAGACAGUACGAGAAGCCGCCGAGAGCGGGUUGGUUCUGUUGAAGAAUGAGAAUCUGCUGCCGCUCCGUCCUUUAGCUCUGAGCAAAGUUGCUAUUUUGGGUCCUAAUGCCCGCAAGCCAACGGCGGGUGGCUCCGGCAGUGCCGCCGUCAACCCAUUCUACAUCACAACACCGGAGGAGUGUCUGACAGAAGCCCUUCAUGAAGUUCACCCAGGGAUUCGAGUCUCGUACGAUCAGGGAAUACCUUUUACCCUGCGUCCACCUCUAUUCGGUGAUGCGCUUCUUGUCCCUGAGGAUUCAAAGCAGAAGCAGGGAGUGCAGGUGGAGUUUUUCGCAGGGCACGAGUUCCAAGGCCCCGUGGUCGCUACUACAUUCUGGGUCAACUCUCUACUUUAUAUGAUGAGUGACGGAGAUGUGCCAUUAUCUCUUAAGGGCAAGCCAUACUGUUACAGAGUUACUGGAGUCGUCACUCCCAAGGUAUCUGGUCAAUAUACUCUCAGUAUUGCGAACACAGGCAAGGCCAAGCUGUUUAUCGAUGGUCAGCUCCUUAUUGACAAUACUGAGUGGACAACCACGACUGGUGGCUUCCUCGGCUGCUCAAGUGAGGAUAAAACGGUGUCUCUACGCUUGGAUGUAGGGUGCACCUAUUCCUUGCAGGUAGACAAUGUUGUCACCUUGCCGCUUGUGGAGUCUUUUGACAAUACCCUCUUCCCGGCAGUAUCUGGUCUUCGGCUCGGUCUUAGCCUCAACGAGGAUGAGGAUGUUAUGCUAGAUCGUGCUGUGCAAUCUGCCCGCGAGUCCGACGUGGCCAUCCUCAUCGUGGGUCAUAACAAGGACUCUGAAGGAGAAGGCGGCGACCGAGCAGACAUGGAAUUGCCAGGCCGCACCAACGAGCUCGUCUCUUCUGUUUGUGCCGCCAAUCCUUCCACUAUCGUCGUUGUACAAGCAGGUAGUGCAGUCACUAUGCCUUGGGCAGACAAGGCCGGUACAAUUGUAUUAGGCUGGUACCAGGGCCAGGAGAACGGACAUGCCUUAGCAAACGCACUGCUGGGCCAUUGCAAUUUCUCCGGCAAGACCCCUAUUACAUUUCCGAAGAAACUGGCCGAUCAUGGCUCUAGUCAAUGGUUCCCUGCUGAGGCAGCGCAGGACCGCACCGUUUUUGGCGAAGGGGUUUUGAUGGGGUAUAGGUCGUUCGAUGAGCACAAUAUUGAGCCACUCUGGCCCUUCGGCUUUGGACUGUCUUAUACUACGUUUGAGUUGUCCAAUAUCCACAUCAAGGGUAUAUUGUCCGCCUCCUCCAUAUCUGAUGUUACUGUUCAGACCACUGUCAGCAACACGGGCAGGUUCGGUGGACAUGAAGUCGUCCAGGUAUACGCCUCACCAUCUGAGUCCAUCCGUGAAAAUGGCCUUCAGAGUUUCCCAAAGACUUUAGUUGGAUUCACUAAAAUGUGGGUCCCAGCCGGGGAGUCUAGAGAUGCGAGCAUUGUUGUCAGAAAUGAAGAAUUCCGGUGGUACGACGUGAAGGCUGGAACCUGGCGCCUUGAUACUGGUACUUACACUUUCUUCGUUGGUACUAGUGUGAGGGAUAUUGUGCGCAAGUUAAAGCUCAACAUAGUCUAG